AUGGUGGAUGAGAUGGUAUCAAGAGAUCCCAUCGACGAACCACCAGCAUACCUUAGAGUCACCAAGAUGCCCCCACCACUGCAAUACGAUGAGAAGGACGAUCUUGAUGCAUUCGAGGUCUGGCUACAGAAAUUGCUGGAAUACUUCAAGACUCUCCGCAUCACUGGCGAUGCCAUGGAUGCGGAUCGCCUGCAGAUAUUGGGGCAAAGUCUCAAAGAUGAUGCCGCCAACUGGUUCUUUCUGAACGUGCAGUCACCGAACUGCGAAGUACGAAAAUGGUACUUCGAGGAUGCAGUGACGCACCUCCACCGACAAUUCCUACACAAGGACUCAGAGCUGAUAGCAUCCGAGAAGUACGACAAGGCGAUGUACAGCUUAUCACGUGGAGGUGUGAGCGAGCUAUACAACAGGCUAUUACACCACGCAGAUCGCAUGGUGCAAUACCCAACGGAAUAUGCAUUCCGGAAGAGGUUUAUGGACACGUUACCACUACCGAUGGUAGAAGUAAUGCAUCUAGCCCACCUACUAUCACCUGAGAAACACACCAUCGAUGCACUGUAUCGAUCGGCUUUGGCGAUCGAACAGGGCAACGGAUGGCUGGACCAAUACUGUACAUACAAGGACCGCCGACAGCCUCAGAAGGCCGGGGACCAUACAGGGACCCGGAGUUCAAGCAAGGCCGUGUCAUUCCUCGCGCCGAUGAUACCAUCGACGGGAGAUAUAUGA